UCGGCAGCGGGCGGGCGGCGCCGGCGGUGCCCCGGGCGCGCUCACACACGCGCUCACACACACACAUACACACGGCCUCGUACACACUCACACACGCUCCGGCGCGCACACGCGGCGCGCAGGCUAGAGGGAGGAGGCUCGGCGCGGAUCGGCGGCGGCGGCGGCGGCGUGCUUGGCCGGCGGGCGGGAGGGCUGGCGGGCGGCCCCCGCUCCCCGGCUCCGCGGCUCGGUGCAGCCCGCGCGGCCCCCGCCCUCGGACCCGCCCCCGGGGGUCGCCCGGCCCCAUGCCCUGCAGCGGCGGCGGAGCAGCGCGCGGCCGCGGGCGGCUCUGAGGAGCCCGGAGGAAGCCGGCGACGAGGGGACCAUGUACCGGGACCCGGAGGCGGCCAGCCCAGGGGCGCCCACCCGAGAUGUCCUGCUGGUCUCUGCCAUCAUCACCGUCAGCCUUAGCAUCACUGUCGUCCUCUGCGGCCUCUGCCACUGGUGUCAGCGCAAACUGGGCAAACGCUACAAGAACUCCUUGGAGACCGUGGGCACGCCAGACUCAGGGCGUGGGCGCAGUGAGAAGAAGGCCAUCAACGAUCUAGACAGAGACUUUUGGAAUAACAAUGAGAGCACAGUGCAGCAGAAAUGGAGCUCCUAUCCUCCCAAGGAGUUUAUUCUAAACAUUUCACCCUACGCCCCUUAUGGCGACCCACGACUGUCCCUCAAUGGCACCCUCCUGUCGGGCGCCAAGGUGGCCGCCGCGGCGGGGCUGGCGGUGGAGCGGGAAGGCCGGCCGGGGGAGAAGCCAGCACCGGUGCCGCCACCUGGAGAGGACGCCUUGAGAAGCGGCGGGGCUGCCCCCAGCGAGCCGGGCAGCGGUGGCAAGGCGGGGAGAGGCCGCUGGCGGACGGUGCAGAGCCACCUGGCCGCAGGGAAGCUCAACUUGUCCAAUUUCGAGGACUCCACCCUGUCCACGGCCACUACCCUUGAGUCUAUCCCCAGCUCCACGGGAGAGCCGAAAUGCCAGCGACCCCGCACCCUGAUGCGGCAGCAGAGCCUGCAGCAGCCGCUGAGCCAGCACCAGCGGGGCCGGCAGCCCAGCCAGCCCACCACCAGCCAGAGCCUGGGCCAGCUGCAGGCCCACGCGGCCUCGGCGCCGGGCCCCAACCCCCGGGCCUAUGGCCGGGGCCAGGCUCGGCAGGGCACCUCCGCCGGCUCCAAGUACCGGGCGGCCGGCGGCCGCAGCCGAUCCAACCCGGGCAGCUGGGACCACGUGGUGGGGCAGAUUCGAAACCGAGGCUUGGACAUGAAAUCCUUCCUGGAAGGCAGGAUGGUGGUGCUAUCCUUGGUCUUAGGGCUUUCGGAACAGGAUGACUUUGCCAAUAUCCCUGACCUGCAAAACCCAGGAACCCAGCAGAACCAGAACGCUCAGGGGGACAAGAGGUUGCCCGCAGGAGGGAAGGCAGUGAACACAGCCCCGGUGCCGGGCCAGACACCCCAUGAUGAGUCUGACCGCCGGACUGAGCCGCGUUCCUCCGUCUCGGACCUCGUCAACUCCCUCACCAGUGAGAUGCUCAUGCUCUCCCCAGGCUCCGAAGAGGACGAGGCCCACGAGGGCUGCAGCCGGGAGAACCUGGGCCGGAUCCAGUUCAGUGUCGGCUACAACUUCCAGGAGUCCACGCUCACCGUGAAGAUCAUGAAGGCCCAGGAGCUGCCAGCCAAGGACUUCAGCGGCACCAGCGACCCCUUCGUCAAGAUCUACCUGCUGCCAGACAAGAAGCACAAGCUGGAGACCAAGGUGAAGCGGAAGAACCUGAACCCCCACUGGAACGAGACUUUCCUCUUCGAAGGUUUCCCGUACGAGAAGGUGGUGCAGAGGAUCCUCUACCUCCAGGUCCUGGACUAUGACCGGUUCAGCCGCAAUGACCCCAUUGGGGAGGUGUCCAUCCCUCUCAACAAGGUGGACCUGACCCAGAUGCAGACCUUCUGGAAGGAUCUGAAGCCAUGCAGCGAUGGGAGUGGGAGCCGAGGGGAGCUGCUCUUGUCUCUCUGCUACAACCCCUCUGCCAACUCUAUCAUCGUGAACAUCAUCAAAGCCCGGAACCUCAAAGCCAUGGACAUCGGGGGCACCUCAGACCCCUAUGUGAAGGUGUGGCUGAUGUACAAAGACAAGCGGGUGGAGAAGAAGAAGACAGUGACUAUGAAGAGGAACCUGAACCCCAUCUUCAACGAGUCUUUUGCCUUUGAUAUCCCCACGGAGAAGCUGAGGGAGACGACCAUCAUCAUCACUGUCAUGGACAAGGACAAGCUUAGCCGCAAUGAUGUUAUUGGCAAGAUCUACCUGUCUUGGAAGAGCGGGCCCGGGGAGGUGAAGCACUGGAAGGACAUGAUCGCCCGUCCACGGCAGCCGGUGGCCCAGUGGCACCAGCUGAAGGCCUAAGUGUGGCCACAGGAGGCCCAGGGGGCCAAGGGCCCGGGUCCCCAUCAUGCCCUCACCACUUUAUGCACAAUGCCUGGCCUGGCCCCCCGCCAUAGGUGAGGGGAGGACCCUGAGGGCUUGGCCAGGGAGGGGUCCCAGGAGUCCGUUGGGCCCCGUUUCUAGGAAGUACCAGCCUCAUCCUCCACCGGUCCAGCUCUGGGGGAGGGGCUUUGGGAGCCAUUUUCCUGCUUUGCCCUUUUCCUUCCUGACUUGCUGAUACUAAAGAAGUGGGGGAGAGCGUGAAGGCCAGACAGGCAGAUGGGCAGACCCCUCCAGAGACCCGCCAGGUGGGCACGGUCCCCCGUUUUCUUUAAGGCAGUGCCUGGAGUGGAGAGAAGUUGCUCUCUCCCCAGCUCCCGAUAUGGGCCCGGGGGAAGGAAGGCCGAGGCGUUUGGCCUGGCCUGGCCAGGAGAGGCCCAUCCCAGGGCAGUUUCAGGUGCCGGCUGGUCCCUGAAUGCCAAGGAUAGUAUAUAGCCCGCUCCAGGGUCCUGGAGCCGAAGCCCAUGUACUUGGCGUCGCGUCCACUUUGUGUGUGGGGGGGGGCACUCUUACCCUGUCCCUCUGGGGGCCGCCCGUGCAGAGAGGGCAGGCUUUCAUAAAGUGAGGUAGGACAGGAGGCCAAGAGAGGUCAAUGCACAGAGCCAGGGGUGGGCAAGGAGAGGCAGGUGAGGGGUGAGAGGGGAAGGGUGGGGUGGCGGAAGAGGAGCAGACUCUGGAGCAGGACUGAGAACUUGGCUGCCUCCACCUCCUACCUGUCUCUACUCAGAGCUCUCCCGGAGCUCCUUGCUGAGCGAUGUCAUCACUUGAACAUCAUUUCACACCUUUUAGGCCCCUACUGCGUGUACCACAUUCCACCAGGACUCCCCUCCCUUCCUUCUUAGGGGUCCCACAGCCCCACCAGCCCUCUUCCCCAACACCCUCACCCAGACAUCCUCAGCCGCCCCAGAUCUCAGAUCCCAGCCAAGCUGGCCGUGUUCUCCAUGCUUCCCAGGUUCCUUCCCUGUCUGGGCAGACCUCUGCAGCCCUCCAUCUGCCGAACUCGCAGACCUUCCCUUCCAUUUGGGGUCGGAGUCUGUGGCCCAGCCUUCUUUCUCCAUUGCUCCCAGUCCCUCCGAGCAGCUCCUCCCGCCCUCUCAGUUGAGGCAGAGGAAGUAGGGAAAAUCCAGAUUCCGCAAGUUCUGAGGUUGCCUCACCCAAAGAAGCGGGGAUUUCUCUGCCUCAGCCGUUGCAGAGACUAGAACUGGCCUCCCCUUGGAGAUAGCAUAUGCCGGGAUGAUCUCUGCUUAACCCUGCUCAGCCCCACAAGGGUCCUGGUAUUGAUAAAAGACAGCUGGGGACAGUCAAAUCCGGGGGGUCUGCCUGCCUGGGCCUGACGUUGCCGGCACAGGCCGCCAGGUGGCGCCCGGACACCACGUCUGUGGUGGCAGCCUGGGACCACAGUUCUACCCCGAGAUGGGCCUGACCCCAAGGGGAGACUCUGGAUAGGGUCCCCACUUACAGAGCACGGCAAAAGCAUGGGAAUUUGAGAGCCAUUUUCCUUCAGUAGACUGCCCCUUGAGCUGCCCGUAUCAAAAUGUAUUACACUGAAUCUCACACCCGUGUCCUCAUCCCUCCUCCUACGGUCUGGAGGAGCGUCAUACAGUGUCAGUGAAUCAUUUUGUAGAUUCAGGAGUGCUCUUGUAAAGCAAAUAGUCACCCGUAUUUCUUGUAAAUCCCAAUUUUUUCUGUAUUGUAGCUUUGCUUAAAAUGGGGCCCUGCCCCAAGUGCAGGGUCUUUAUCGGUUAGCCUGGGGACCAGCCCCCAGCGGGAUAGGAGGGCAGCAACUCCGAAGGCUGUGUGGACGUGAUCAGAGGGUUUUGUGGGAAGCCUUGCAAGGCGAGGGAUCUGUCCUCCAUGGCUCCCUGAGAUCCUGUGCCCCAAAUACUACGGGGUGCCAGCCCCGCCCCUGUGUCCCCUGGCCCGCUGCGGAGCCUGGGGGCGCGGGGGGGGGGGGAGGGGGGAUUGAACCAACCUGCAAUGAGUGGGCGGAGCAACCGCACCUUUUUUUCCUCAGCCCCGCCCACAGAGCUCUUGGCGAAUCAUCUGCAGAGAGCAUCUUAGGGCGGAGUCUGUUCCCAGUCUGACCCACCCAGGCUUACUGGUGAACCCUGCCUGGGUUUUCCCAACCCCAAUACGCUGCGGCCUGGAGGCCGGGGAGGGGCGGCAAGUGGUGGGCCAAGGUCCUGUGGGCUGGCAAAGAAGGAGGCGGGUGGUAUGCGGUGAGGGCGCGGUUGGGCUAGGGCCAGAGGAGAACAGGAAUGGGGAACUUGAGGAUGGGGGGAAGGGCACAGAAGCCCUGCCACCGUCCCAGGACCUUGGGCAGAUCACCCACACUCCCGGGGCCUCAGUUUCCCCAUCUGUAAAAUGAUGGUAAUAAUACUUCACCUACCUCAUAGGGGAGGUUGUGAGGCCGCCGUCACCUGACCUGGGGGUUGAGGCAGGAGGACUCUGAAGGUGCUACCCGGGAGCAAAGUAUUAUUACUGUAGCCUGAAAGCAAGGCCCACCUGCCCCUCCCCCUGCAGAGUCUCCAGGGAUAGCCGAGGCUGGCCUGGGCCCAUCUAUCUCUUCUCCACUGUGUCCCGGUCCCUUCAUGAGCAUCACCUGCCGUCUUUGUGGGCGCCCUAGACUUAGUUGUUACCUCGUUCAGGUAUCCUUUCUUGUGACCAUCUCCCUUCAUAACUGCUGUACAAAUUCCACCUGCCACAGGACCCCGCACCUGCCCACUGGCGCCAGACGCCAGGGAAGGGACAAGGAAAACAGCCACAAAAAAAGCCAAGGGGGCCCCCAGAGUCCCCAGCCUGGCUUGGGCCCCAGGGGUGGGGUUGGUGGCCACUGUUUGUAUUGUGUUGGAGUCCUUGAGUGCAAGUGUUUUAUUUUUAAAAAGACAGACAGACAGAAACUAUCACAAGAAAAAAAAAAUGCAGCAAAGAGAAAUGAAGAAAAACUGAAGAAGGGGGAAAAAAAAAAAGAACCAUACAAAAAUUUUCCACCACACCCACCCUCUAAGCCAGCAAAAUUUCCUCUUUGCAAAAUCAUAUUUUUGUGGGAAUGGGCCCUGCUUUUCGUGGCAGGGCCCGUUCUGAUCAAUAAAGGAUCGUGACGAAGUA